AUGGGCAACAAGCAGACUGUGUUUAGUCACGAGCAACUGGAGGAGUACCAGGAAGCUCUUCCUUCCUACCUUGUUCCUGCUUUCCCCGCUCCGCAGCGGCCUUGUCUGUGGGGAGGGAGACAGGGGGACCUAUUUCUGGCUCUGUGCACUCAAGAUUCAGACUCAUGCCUGAGGCUCCUGGGGCCCCAGCGUCCUUCCUUGUGGAGUGAGUCCUGUUACUACACAAGAAAAGAAUCAAAUCCCUUCCGCCUCUUGGCUACCAGCCUUUCCCGCUUUCUCUCUCCCCAUAUCAGACUGUUCUAUCGAUACCAGGACCUGGCCCCUCAGUUGGUGCCUCUGGACUAUACCACCAGUCCCAAGGUGAAGGUGCCCUACGAGCUGAUUGGCAGCAUGCCAGAGCUGAAGGAUAACCCUUUCCGCCAGAGGAUUACGCAGGUCUUCUCUCAAGAUGGGGAUGGUCACAUGACCUUAGAGAACUUCUUGGAUAUGUUCUCAGUGAUGAGUGAGAUGGCUCCACGGGACCUGAAGGCCUACUAUGCCUUUAAGAUUUAUGACUUCAACAAUGACAACUACAUCUGUGCAUGGGACCUGGAGCAGACGGUGACCAGGCUGACCCGUGGGGAACUGAGUGCUGAGGAGGUGACCCUGGUCUGUGAGAAGGUUCUGGAUGAAGCAGACGGAGACCAAGAUGGGCGGCUGUCCCUGGAGGACUUCCAAAAUAUGAUCCUGCGAGCCCCAGACUUCCUCAGCACCUUCCACAUCCGCAUCUGACAUGCUCAGAGGACAAGACCUGGCCCUCACGCAUCUCUACUCUGCUCUCUGAAUAAAUAGGAA